AUGUUUAGAGGUACAGUGAGGAAAACUAUUCCUUUAGUUGCAUUUGCAGUAGGUGCAGUUGCGUUUCCCAAAGAUUGGAGAAAAGGUCAAUUUGCCACUGAUCGUAAACUAAAUCAUAUCAAUGACGCAGUCAUUCAACAAAUUGAAGCCACUGAUGAAUUUAAGAAACUUGCAUCCAACCCCAAUGUCAAACAUUACACAUCAAGUAAAUCAUUUCCUGAACAGCAUCGCUCCAACUAUAUAAACACAGGCAUUUUAUUUGGACCUGAUUUGAUGGAAAUUGAUCCACUUGUAUUUGUCAAUGAAUCAACUGGGGAAUUGACCAGUUUCUAUCAUUUAGGGGAUAAGUUGAUUAGUCAAGACGGACAAAUCCACAACGGAAUUAUUGCCACGAUAUUGGAUGAGGGCUUAUGUUCAGCUGGUUUUAGUAAACUACCUUCCAAAAGAGGCGUUACCGCUAGUUUACUGAUUGAUUUUGAAAACCAAGCUCCACCUCAAAGUACAGUUGUGUUGCAUUCAAGAGUUAAAGAAGCCAAGGGUAGGAAAGUUGUUAUUGAAGGAUAUUUGGAAACUUUGGCAAAUAAGGGGAAUAAACCAUUGUUGAUUGCUAAAGCCAAUUGUGUACUUGUAGAGCCACGAUGGUUUAAGUAUUUCGCAUGGUUGCAAAUAUAA